CGGGGGGGGGGGGGCGAGCAGGGGCAAUUCCCCACCUGUUUGGCCAACCCUAAAUAUCCAAAAGCCAUGUAUCCUCCGGCCAGCCCUUAGGCACUCAUGCGUGGUGAGACAAUGGGUGCAGCGCUGGGGUUGGCCGGGCAGAGGGGUCACACUUGCGACUCCCUCCUCCCCGGUCAUGCUGGUACCAACAUCUCUGUCUCCUCAUGGUGGGACUCCCAAGACUGGGGGCUAUGGGGGGGCACCCGCUCCCCAGAGCGUUGGUACUGCUGGUCCCCAGCUCAGUCACAGACUCCAUGGGAUGACUCACAUAGGCCUUGGUAGACUAGGGAAACCCGUGCUGGUGUCACCAUGUUGAGGUAAUCACCCUUGAUCACUCUGGGCCUGAGAGUUCACCUUGUAACGGGACAGUGAUACGGACUCAUCCUGUCUGGGAGUCACUUGCUUCCUCACAUGAGGGCUGUAUAAGGAGGAAGAGGGACGUAGGGUCAUGCAUGUGGCCUAACUGCGCCCUGGAUUUUCAUCUGCCCUACCGUCUGCAUCAGCAGAUCUGCUUGUUGCAGCCCCUAGUGCCCAAGUAACAUCCAGGGGCAGCAGGGCCGAGCCACGUGAGGUACCAAGAGUUGGGAAAUGAAAUCGCUCCGUGACACAAAAGGGCCCGCUACGAUGCACAUUCUACAAGGAGUACCACAACCUCAACCUGCGGCAACCCUCCUCAGGCCUCUCACUGUCUUGUCUUCUCUCUCUCAUGUUACUUCUAACUAUGGACACAUUCGUGGCAUAGUAACAACUGAACUAAAGGAAGAAAUCAGCUGCUUAUUUGUCAACAGCCCCAACUCCUGGAAUCAUGUGAUUGUGAAAAUCUCUGCUUUCAUUAAAAAGAAAAGAUCAGUUACUAGCCCUCAGGGUUGCAGACAAAAGUUUGAAAAUGUGAAACCUAAAGACUCAAAAACCAGAAGAUCAUCAGCAAAUAUUCUCCUGUAGACAAUGGGAACAUGAAAGGUUUUGCUGGCAUUUUGGCUCCAAAUAAUAUGACUUUCUCCACCUGCAAGCAAUAGGGCCCAUUGUUGCGUUGUGAUACAUUUGAAUGGGCCAGUAACAUACACUUAGACAAGGUUGCAAUGCUCCCUAUCUCAAUCUAUUCCCCCAAUACUCAUACUGCCAGAGUGCUUUCGUUUUCUAUUCAACUGAUGUUUUAAUAUGAUUUACUCUUGGGGCCAAUAUUGAAGGAACAUAGCUCUCCCAGAGGGUUAUAAGACAAGCAGAACACUAGAAAAGCAACUUCCCCCUCUUAGAAUACUCCAGCAGAUGCAAUCCACAGCCAGUCCUAAAGCACCAGGUUAAUCAUGAGAGACUCACAGAUCAAGGUGCCCUACAGAGAUGAAAUAUCUAUUUAACAAUAGGCCCUGUCUCUCCCCUUCCUCCCUGAGAUCCAUGGUAUUGUCCCCCAAGAUCCUCCAGUCCCAAGGGGGAAUGUGCUUGGGAAGGACGGGGAGAAGCCUCAUCAGGCCAUGUGGCCGUAUGAUGCCAGUCCCCUCUGGUCUUGGGGCACUUGGUCAGAAAAGAUAUUCCAUCCCAGGACCCCCAUUGAGCCCUUGCUGCUACUUCACUCCCGCUCAUACCCAUCCUGGUGCUCCUAGCUGCAGCUGUGGUGAGGGGCUGUCUCCAGUGUUGUGUCUCCAGUGGGGCUCAGACUAGAACCAGUUCAAAGGUGCAGGGCCCAAUCUGGUUGGCUCCAGUAGAACAGCCAACCCCAAGUGUUCAAAAAUCAUGAGUCAGGCCCCCAAAACUGAUGAAAUUGGCUUUAAAAUACUGAGUUUUUUUAAAUAACAACAUUGGGUUCUUAUAUAUGCCUCCUGGUUUCUGAGCCUCUAGAAGUCACUAUUCAAGCUGUUCUCUGCAACCAGGAGGGCCAGAAAUUUACCUUUUAAAAAAUGAAAGUUGAGUUCACAUGACUCCAGGAGCUGGAGUCUUAGAAAAAAACACUAGAUAUCAUGAGAGUUGGCAGCACUGCUCUGGCCUUCUGCAGAUCCCCUUGGGCUGGGCACAGAUCUCUGCGGAUUUGCCCCAUGUCCAAUCAGGGAAUAUCUCUGUAACACCAUCCUCAUUGAGAUUUCCUCCCUGGGAGCCUCCUCCUGGAAUUCCAGUGGGUGUGUCUGCAGAGUAAAGGAAGAAUGAGAGAACCAUGCAUGGAGUGGUCUUCCCACAUUUUAUUGCUCCCCAGAAAGAAAUAAAGACCCCUGUCCACCUCACCCAGUUGAGAGGCGCUGCCCUGUCAUUAUUAUUUAUGAUAGUAACAUCCAAGAACUGCAGCCAGGGAUCAGGGCCCCAUUGUGCUAGAUGCUGUACAGACAUGGAAUAAAGAAAGUAGUUCCCCCCUGCCCCCCCCCCCCGAGAGCUCACAGUCUAGGUGUCAGUCAGACAGGAUACAACAGGUGGAUAGGGUAGGGGGUUGUUUGGGAGGACAGGGUAACCAAAAGACAGAAUUUUCCCCAAGAUAUUAGGUCUCUCUCAUCAAACCUGUAGAUCUCAUCCUGUAUAUUUGCAUGCCUUCAUCUCUCUUCCACCCAGAGCAAAUCCUGACUCUUCCCCUAUACCAUAAAGUGACAGGCAAACAGUGUCUGCACUUUGUUGUAGCUGCUACAGUUUGGAAGGAAUUGCCAUUAGCAAAGAUGGCUCAAACCAAUUUCUAGAAGCAAGUCCAGUGGGGUGAAAGCUAAAUAAUGCUGGCUACACCAUAACAACAUGUGAGCCUGGGCCUUCUUAAUACCACUGCGAAUCAAUCAGUGCUUAACGACAAACCAGUGGCAGCUGUAAAUAUAUUUGAUCUGUACAUGCAUUUGUCUGCUCAGUUCAUCAUCUUUCCACUUUCUAAUGUAUUUCCUUCCAGGAACUAUAAAGAUAAAAGUGAAAUGUAAGAGAGAGGAAAAUAUUCUAGGGAUGAUUGGCCAUAUUCCCCAUUCCCAACAUUUUUCAUUACCUAGACGCCCCAGAGAUUCAGUGAGGCCAGGACGCAUCGUUCUCUGCGCUUCUCUAGACACCUGUCAGUACACAACAGGAGGAAAGGGUACAGACGUGUUCUGCAUUGCACCACAUUGAGCUAGCUCACUGUGAAGCCAGUGGUUUGUGGAGACUUCUGCCUCCUUCAGAGCUACCAUUUAACCAUAACCCAGACUCAGACUGCUAUUGCAACAGCACCUGUUAUUGCCCUCUAAUAAGACUUGGGAGAUGGAGCAGUAGUUUAUGCUUGAUUUCAUGUUCACUUCAAGCUCUGUUGUUCUCAGUUAAUAUGUGUAUAAGGUCAGAAUGAGAGAAGGGGUGGAUGGGCAGAGGGGCAGAAAAGACUCUAUUUUAAUUUGAACUCAAGGAAAGUAUAUAACAAUCUUAGUCACAUAGAAAUGCACAUGACUCGGUAAAUAUGAAUGUCUGAUCCUUUCCCACCAGUGUCUUGGGUUUGAUAAAUAAUGGAAUAUACAAACCUGAGAAAUCAAUUCACUUUUAAAUAGUGUCUGUCCAUUUAUUUUUAAAGGGGACAGGGAGGUACUCACUGCCAGGAGGGAGGAGGCUGGGAUCUCUCAAACACCUUAGGAAGGAGAGGAAGAGGUGUGUGUGGAAAAGAGGUAGGAGGAGCAAGGUGGCAAGGGAUGGCAUCUCCCCAAGCCCUAUGAGAAAGGGAGAGAAGGGGGUGGGGAAAGUGGAUAGGACAAGAGAGAGUGAAAUGCUGGCUGCAUUGAAAAUUUCAGCCAGAGUGACCAAAGAAGAGCACAGGCUGUGUGGGAUGGAGUGAGAGAGUAAAAGGAAAGGCAGUGGACAGAGCAGAGAAGGGAUGGGAGGACAGACAUAGACAAUAGGGGAGAGCAGAGACAACAAGCUAGGAAGGGGAAGGGAAGGAUUAAAGGUCAGAGCCUGGCCAGAUCCCAUUUAUUUGAAUAAGUGACUCCUGCAGUUCAACAAUUGCUCAAUUUUUGCUGCAUUGCUAUUACAGAAGUUAUCCAUAUGGUCAUUUUUUCAAUCAGUUCAUUUCACUUGUCCCAUCUUCCCUCAGAUAAUUCUAUAACUAAUACAGGGAGGAAGUCAUUCCAUUUAUAAGCUGAAGGAGCCAGGUGAAUGAGAUUCGUCUGGGAUUUAACAUUUCUGUUGUUUUAUGGUCAUUUGCAAUGUGUCUUUGUGUGUGCUAUAUUCCUACCUUUUGGUAGAGCAUGACUGUGUUGGUCUUCUGAUAUUCACUGCAGUAAAGGCAAUCUAAGAUUAAAGAACAUAUCUUUCUUGGUAUCCCAGAGUCACCUUAGCUUGAACAGACUUCAGCCUAGCCUCCAGGGUUGCCAGUCCGGCACCUUUCUGCA